UCACACUUGUUUUGGUUAAUGACGCCUCAUCAAUGUAGGUCACCGGGCAUUCUUAAACACAGGGAGACAACCGUUGCCCUUGUUCUGUGGUACUACUUACAACAAAACAAACAGAUAACGCUAGAAAGUUCAACGUGUAAGCACUCCAACAAGUGCCCUGUAGUCAUCGGUUGGUUGAACCACCGGACACCCUGACAACCACAUGUCACCCUGACAAUCACCGGACACCCUGAUAACCACACGUCACCCUGACAACGACACGUCACCCUGACAACCACACGUCACCCUGACAACCACCGGACACCCUUACAACCACCCGCCACAAUGUCGUUGCUGAAGCCAGAAGCUCUACAGCCGUCACCCAUCAGAUCAGAUUUACUGGAGAGAAAUUAUUCCGGAGCUUCGAACCUGGCCUUUAAUGAGAAGAUCAAGAGACUCAACAAAGAGGGACAGAAUAUCUCCCAUUUUGGAUUCGGACAGUCUCCGUUUCCCAUCAUCGAGACUGCCAUUGGUGCCUUACAGAAGCAGGCACAUCAGAACUCUUACCUACCUGUUCAAGGUAUACCAGAGUUAAGAAAGAAAAUCUGCGAUUUCCACAAGCACUACGAUCAGGUGGAUUUUGAUCCUGAAGACGUCAUAGUGGGACCUGGGAGCAAGGAACUCAUUCUGCUGUUGUUGACUGUGUUUAAUGGAGAUGUACUGGUCAACUCCCCAUCAUGGACCACGUACCGACCCCAGGCCAUCCUCACUGGGCACACGGCUUACAAUGUGGACAGCUCAGAGGAGGAUGAGUGGAAGGUCACGGUCACAAGUUUAGAGAAGGUAAUCACAGAGAACGAUAUGAGCUAUUACAAAAUUUUAAUCCUGACCAAUCCCUGCAACCCAACCGGCACUUGCUACACGGAGUCAGAGCUUAGGAAACUUACAGAAGUGUUCAGACGUCACCACGUGCUGGUGCUGAGUGAUGAGAUCUAUGCACGUGUACACUACACUCACUCGCAUGUCUGUCUCUCUAAGGUAUACCCAGAAGGCACAGUGUUGAGUACUGGCAUGUCCAAAUGGGCAAGCGCUGGGGGCUGGAGAGUUGGAUACCAUGUCUACCCAAAAGAGUUAUCGCACCUGCUGUCAGUUGUGAAAAGUGCAGCCAGCCACAGCUUUUCUUGUGCACCGGCUCCCAUGCAAUAUGCAUUUGUUGAGGUGAUACAGAACAAAUCAGCCUGUGAUGACUACAUUAAACACACAACUCGAAUCAUGAAAGUUGUAGCUGAGUUUUGUGUAAGAGAGCUCCAGUCUGUGGGGGUGAAGGUCGUUCCCCCUAAAGCUGGGUAUUACAUUUUCCCCAACUUUGAGGUCAUCAGGGGUCAACUGGCACGACGAGGUGUGAGAACUUGCCAGGAAAUGUGUGAUCUAAUUCUUUCAGAAGUCACUGUUGCCGUGAUGCCCGGUGGACCAGACCACCUACGUCCGGCUGAUGAGCUGACCACACGUCUGUGUUACGUCAACUUUGACGGCGCCCUGGCCUUAGCAGAAAGUCGGAAGUUGGGUCUUGAUGUGGAACUUGAUGCCAGCUUUGUGGAAGACGUCUGCACGCCCGUAUACCAGGGCAUUGUGAAACUCAGGAACUGGAUUCUAGAGCUGAAGACUGAGACCAUAGAAAAACAAUAGAGGACCAGGCAAUCUAUAUUUAUAGAUCUGGGUUGAGCGAGUCGUAUGACCACUCAGGAAUGAGUAACAAAGAGUUGUAAUACUAAACAGUGUUUCUUUCGGGUAUCUCUCCCAACCCCCAACGAAACGAAAAUGAAAAUAUUUACAGUUUGCAAGUCUACUUUAUUUGGGACAGGGAGUUCGGAUUGUAGAGCUUACGGCUGCUAUCCUGACUCAUAUGAGUCCACCUUAGCUCUGAUGGAUAUCUGGCUAAAUUUAAGAACACACUAUCCCCCCCCCCCCUCCAUCCUUUUUAAGCUGAAGCCAUUGAAACAGAUGGACUCUACUUCACAUGUACCAUGGUGUAUUUGCCACGUACAGGCUAAGAUGGCAAAGAUAUACUUCAACUAAUAUCCGUCCCCCGCCCCAACGAAAGUUUCAUGCGUCAUCCCCCCCCCCACACACACACAAACCCCUCUCUUUACAGGAGAAAAAAAAGUCAUAUUGAGAAAUAUUGGGAGUCUGACAAAUUAAAUUUUAAAGUCAUAUGAAUAUAAUACGGUUGAACUAAAUGUAAUGUGUUUUUUUUGUGUGUUAAUUUUUUAUGCUUCAAAAUACAAAUUUUUAUUGCUUUAAAAAUACAAAUGUUUAACGCUUCAAAACACACAGAUGGAACUGUUAUUGCAUCAGUUUUUUUUUAA